AUGACAUCGUUGAUAAUACCACGGAUGAAGAAAACCAUCAGCGAUAUUAUGGACGACGAAUUAUAUGAGGUACCUGAGAGCCCAAUACAGGCUCAAGGGGGCCGGAGCGACUCGCCAAAGCCGUAUCUUAAAAGAACAGUUUCCAACGCUGGAAAUAAUGGAAAUAGCAUUGCAGGAAGCCAAAUGUAUGGCAAUAUGAACGGUAGCGGUAAUAACUUGUCGAGUUUGCUUAAUAUCCCUGAUACAUUCAUCGAUCAAUACAACAGGUUGAAUAGCACCGCUAAUAACGGGGCUGGGACCGGAAAUGGAGUGGGAGCUGGCGGCGGUGAAGAUUACACCAUGGCUCCACAAGCAUAUAACGAUGAGUGGUACGGGGGAGGAAACGACGUGAAUCCGUUCACAGACUACGGAAACCCGGACUCGUUGAGCACACAGCAACAGAUGCAUUCAUUUAUCCAACCACAGGAUAUCACUCGCAGGAGAAGGAUUACCACGUUGGAUGACGAGACUAUGCCUCACCAGAAGCCACUCAAGGACGAAGACCAGUUCUUGUACAACCCUGAUAUCCAGCCAUCGCAGCUUAUCACCAACAAGAAUUUCUUGAACGAAGACUACUUGUAUUCGGACUCGUUGUUCAUUCCGAACCAGGCGGACGGAGCAGCCAACGGUAUAUCAAUGGGCGAUUACGAAAACAAUUUUAUGGAUGGCUUUGACGAAGAAGUCGAAGAAGAGCUUUCCGAUGAUGAUGAUGACAACUACUUUUAUGAUGAUUUUGAUGACUCGACCAACCAUACCCACAACGAGUAUUUUGACGCCAAUACCUCUGCGUCCACACCUAAGAACGACAUGAUGGGUGGAUACAUUGAUGACUUUGGCGUGAAUAGCAUGCCAGAACGUGAUGACGAUGAUAUGAUGAUUGACGAUGUUAAUAUGGGACCCUCUUCUGAUCAUAUUAUAGAACAGUUAGAGGACAAUAAACCGUUACAUAAUUCAGUUGAAUCUUCUGUCGAGCCAUACAAUGAGCUGUAUAGUGAAACAACGGGAGACUCGUCUAAUGAUAGUACGGCUGAACCAUAUACCGAUCCAUCAUCUCCAUCAGAACACCAUGAUUUUAAACAUGAUAUGCAUAAAACAGCGGCCGAGAUAUCCGCGAAUAACCCGAACCAUCAAUGUGAUUUAAUCAAUCCUUCGACAGGCCAACCCUGUAAUAAGCAAUUCUCAAGGCCAUACGAUUUAAUAAGGCAUCAAGAAACUAUUCAUGCUACAAAGAAGAAGAUUUUCAGAUGUGUGAUCUGUGAGGGUAGGCUACACGGUGGAGCAGGUAAUGGUAAACUGAAGACAUUUUCAAGAGGUGAUGCAUUAUCUAGACAUAUUAAAGUUAAGCAUGGCCUAGUCGGCAAAGAUGCUCUAGAUUUAAUUAAUGAAGCCAAGGAAAAUGUCGAAUAUAUUUAUGUUUAA